AUGGCGUUCUACCGCGCUGCCGCCCAGCCAUAUGAAGAGCAGCAGUCUCAGGGUAGCACCGAACCGCCACCGCCUGAUGCCCUGAAGGCUUUUUAUCAGGACAUGGAGAGGAAGGAAAUGGAGCGCAGGGCAUCGAGGCGCAAUACCAGUACCGGGACUUCAAUUUGGUCCCGCAAGUCGGUUAAGCGAUCAACACAACCCUCUUCCCAACCACGACAACCGCAGGCUUCUUCGCAGUCUCCCGUCUCCGAAAAAGAAAUUUCGAGCAGGAAUGAAGACGAAAGGGAGAUGGAAAAAUUAGAGCAAGGGGAGCAACCCGACAACCUACCAGCUCUUGCCAACACUCGUUCCAUCAUCCCAGAUCCCCUAAAGGACCUCCCUGCCUGGUAUUUGAAGGACGAGCUUGCCUCUAAUUCCGUAGCUCUCUACAAAAUGCGUUUUAAUAUCCAUAAUCCAGUCGGCCCACGACGCUACUACAACCAUCAUCUCAUCCCGCCGUCUCAAAAGUCAGCUUCCCGGCCACCAUCCAUUUUCUCGCCCUCAUUCCCACCCAUGGCUACCUCUUCCGUGCCAGAGCAGUCUGAAGAGUCCAUGCGAAUGCCUGGCCCCAGUCGCACGCCCUCCAAUUCACCCCUUCCUACCCCCAGUUCGUCACAGGUUCGCGUUGGCGAUAUCGGUGGUAAGCCUAGGUCGCGAAAAACGUCCCAGACCGCUCACGACAAUGUUGAUCUCCUUGACGUUACGGAUCCUUGGGGGACUAAUUGGCACCACGAGUCGCCAUAUGAUGUAGGCCUCAACAAUGGCUCGGUCUCUGUUGAGGCACAGGAGGGCCGUACCCGACACACAAGUCUGACAAACCGUGACAAUCGGAGGCGCACUGUAACACCAUCGCCGCUUUCUCAAUCAACCUCCGCUGUGCACCUCCAGCCACCAGAUGCCGGCGGGGCUCACUUACCUCGCAAGCUCAGCAAACGCAGGGCACCCACAUUUGGCGGCUUUUUCGGGCAUUCAGAUUCUAAGAAAGACCGCAAUGCAAUAUCCCUGCCGUCAACGCCACUAGAUGAGCCGCCAUCUGCUCGUUCAUCCAUAGUUUAUCCACCUCCUACUCCGAAGCGGAUGUCUACCGUUCCCGCAGCACCCCCUUCGGCCUUUAAGCCAGCUUCGUUGGCGUCAAAGAAGGAUCGACGUGGUAGCGCGUUGGGCCGUCUAGUUAAGAGAUUUUCCGUUUUGAAAAGGCCAACAACGGCGAAUUCCUUGGAUAGCAGUUGGCAUCAUGUUGAGGCAGAGGAGAAGGCCGAGAAGCGAUCAUCUAUGGUGGUAGCGCGUCAGCCUUCGCCGGAGAAAGUCCCUAAACGAGUACCUCCUCCAUCUGCCGAACCCGUCAUCCCUCCUCCAUCUGUAGAUGUUCCAAAGGAGCGACCGAAGGAAGAUCGCGAGUCCGUAGAUUCUAUAGACCCGCCUUAUUCCACAAUGGGCAAACUGACUGUCGCUAACCCUGAUGCGCCGAGUUCUGGUAGCACCACACCCCAUCAACGGACUAUUUCCUUACCGCCGGAAAGGCGUGACCCUUCUUCCUCUGACCCUUCUUUACAGCCGAAGCAGGUUUCCCGGCCGGCGCAGGUGCCUACUGCACAAGCUACUAUAUCCCCUACAACGCAGGCUUUGUCCUCCCAAGCUGUCCAGGGUUCUUCGUCUCUCGCUGUACCAGGUUCUUCGUCGUCACCGAUUCAGGGUUCAUCGUCACCGGUACCGGCGUCGUCGAUGCAGGUAUUCUCAGAAAGUAUGCAACCAGAGGUACGGUCGUUUGACAAGCCAUCUGAGAAGCUUCAAACACCCACUCCUAUACCCGUAGCUUCAAGUAGUCGCGCUAGACGAUCGUCUGCCGAUGUAAAGCGUUCCCCUACCAGUGCUCCGGAGGUGUCGGCUCCGACCGCACUCGCGAGCCAUAGUAGGAGACGAUCGAAUGACGCGAAGCCUAAAGCGAAUGGUUUUCCCGUGACUCAGCCAACAACAUCCGGAGCGCCAAGUUCAGACACUAGAAGAACGUCGCGGUCGCCAGAAAAGAAACCUGUUCCUCCUGUUUUACCCCAGUCUCAUCAGAUUCCACAAACGAGCAUGCAUAUCUAUCCUGCAAUGAUUUCUACUUAUCCUCAUGAAUUCGAUAAUUCUCCCAUGUCUGCGUCAUCUAUUCUAGUCAAUCCUCCGACACCACACACUCAUUCUCACCUACACAUGGCCUCUCCGGCCCCAAGCAGCAUUCCGCCUUCCUUGCCGCCAAAACCCUCUGCGGAAGCUAAACAUCGAGAAUCAUCUCCCAGUGUCAACUCUGUGACUAGCAAGCAGACAGAGACAUUUAAACUCGUUCGUAGCAUGUCUGGAAAUGUCUAUUCUUCUAGUGAAACUAUUCGAGCGGCUGGCCAGCAGUGGGAAGUCGUGGAGGACGUGAAGGGGAAAGGGAAGGACACUUCCCGACCUAAAUCCAAGUCGCGGGAUCGAGAGAACAGCAGGGAGAAAGAUAAAUCUGAUUCCGAAAGAGAACAUCGGAAGCACGGUCAUGGUCAGAAAUCGAGUCGACGUUCUGCUGACGUACCGCGAGCUUCCACUUCCAACGCUCUGCCUAGGGUUAGCAGCUUGGACCGGAAUCGUCGUGCCCCCAUCCCAGACUUUAAAAAGGAGAAGGAAGCCGAGCCUCAAAAGCGAAGAGAGAGCCGAGGUCGAAAGUCAUCAGAAGUCGCUCUAAACCUCAACAAACCUCAACCUGCCCCUCCUCCGCCAACUCCAGGUCCUGCUGUUCCCCGUAAAUUGGAGCGCAACCAAUCAAAUUCUGCGCGACCCACGUCUGAGGUACCUCCUACUGCGGACCUGAAUGCCAUGAAGAGCAAAGAGGCAUGGGAGAUGGAGCGCCUUUUUAAAGCACGGAGCAUGUACGGUCUCGAGCGCGAGGCCUCAUCCUCUGCUCCCGCCCCCGCUCCUGCUCCUACCUCGAAUGGGAACGAUGUAAAUGGUAAAAGUCAUGGGUCAAGUCACACGUCAUAUACCGUGCAGAAUGCUUUCCAGAACCACCACCAGCCCCCCCAUUCACACAUAUAUCAUUCCAUGCCUACAAGCCCUCCCGCCAUCGUGUACUCGUCGGGAUCACAAACACAGUCUCUCCCUCAGAAUCUUAAUCACAUUAAUACUUCUCCUUCAUUCAACCAGAGUCCCUAUACUGAUUUCUUACCGCCGUCACGACCUAAUCCUCUUCCUGAGCCCCCACGAGAAUCGCCUUACCGACCAGCUCCUUUAGACGCACUUUUGGACUCUACGGCUGCCUCUGAAUAUUGGACUAAAUAUGCAGGGGUGACCACCGCACAUUGA